AUGUCAUCAUUUGAACCAGUUGUAUUGAUAUAUGGAUCGCCCGCAGAUAUUCUUCAUGCUACAUUAAGUUUACCUGUACCAUCCCUAUUUGCAUUUGAUCUUAAAUCACUUGAAAAUAUUGUUAAUCUUUCACCACAAAUGAACCAAUUAUAUCUCCACCGAUAUUUUCUUGUAUUACUUCAAUCAAUUGAUGAUACUAUUUUUCAUCAAUUACAAUCAAAUCAUCGUAUUAUCAGAAUAUACAAAAAACAAAACUCGAUCGAGCAGAAUUUCAAAGAAUUAAAUCAAAUGGCAAAUUCAUUUAAACAAUUAACACUGGAUAUUACAAAUGAUAUUAUUCAAUUUUUAACACAUGAAGGUGAAAAACAAUUGAAAUUAGAAAGAAUAUCUUUAGUAAAAAUUUAUUAUCAACAAGCUCGUAUACUAAAAGAAUGGAUGAUGACAUUUUUUAAAGCUGAACCAUGUCAUAUUCUUCUUAUAUCUUUGAAUAGUACACAAGAAAAUCUUGAUAAUACUCAACAAGGAUUACAAACAAUAUGUGAGAAUCUUGGAUAUAAUUCACCAAUAAUUCGUCAAUUUCAUGAUUAUCUUCCAUCAGAUGAAAGACAUUCAUCCUUAUUACCAUAUUCAAAAUUAUUAUUCAACAAUGAAAAUCCCGAGAACAUUUGUCGAAUGAUUAAAGAUCUUUCUCCAAUACGAUUAUAUCUAUAUGGAAAUGAACUAAAAAUUCCAAGUGAAUGGAGUAAUUUAAUGAUUGAAAAUGAAAAAGAAUUAAUUGAUGAUGAAGAGAACUGGAUUUGUUUUAUUGAAAAUGAUUUUAUUAGCAAUGAAAUCAAAUGGAAUUUUUCAUUUUUAUUUGGAAAAAAAUGGCAAAUCUCUCGUGUAACACCACUCGAUUUAAAUCAAUUAAAUAAUGACCCUCGAUUUGUAUCAGCACUUCGUCGAUCAUUUCUAACAUAUUCUCAACGACAAAUUCAAGUAACUGCUGAUAUAUUUGAUUGGUAUGAAGAUUGUGUCAAAAAAGAGUACAUUAAAUUAGAACCAAAAUUAAAUAAAGAACAAAUAAUACUGAAAUCGAAACGUCGUUAUUACCGAGUAGAAUUAAUUAAAGCACGAUGUGUUUUCUCAAAUCUGUGUUCAUUUGAAUAUUUGACAGUUGAUAAUGAAAAAUCGACUUCAAUAACAUUUAUAUGGUUAGAUGAACUAAUUAAUGAUUCGACUGAACAAUUUAAGAAAAUAAUCGAACCAUUUCAAUGGAAUUUUGUUAAUAAUAUCUCAUCCUGUGUGUCAUUGAUUGAAAAACAACUUCGUCAGAAAUCGAAUAUAUUCUUAAUUGUAUCUGGAAAAUUUGGUGAAGAAUUAUUUUUAACAACAUUUUUUUUAAUACAACAAGUCUUUUCGAUCUAUAUAUAUUGUGCUCAAAUUGAAUCGAAUUUAAAAUGGAGUAAAGGAUAUUUACAGAUCAAAGGUGUUUAUGAUAAUUUAAAUCAACUUGAACGACGUAUUGAAAAAGAUUAUCAACAAUUUCAAGAUUCUUUAUCUGAUAAAAAUUAUCGAAUAGUUCAUCAGAAUGAUAAUCAGUUGGAAGAUAGUGAAAGUGUAUAUUCAAUUGCACUAACUGUAUAUAAUAAGGAACAAGCGAGUUUAUUUUGGGGAAAUCAAAGAACAAUUGAUACACUUCUGAGUAUGCCGCAUUCAUUUGAAUCAAAAAAAGAAAUGAUGGAAGAAUUUCGUCGAAUCUAUAAAAAUAAUCGAAGAAUUCUCGAUGAAAUUAAUUUAUUUGACAGUAGUUAUGAUGAUUUAUUGAAGAAUAGUCAUGUUAAUGAAGCAUCAAUACAAUGGUACACAAAAGAUUGUUUCGUAUCGAAAACAAUAAAUAAAAUUCUUCGAUCAAAUGAUGUUGACCGAAUGUUUAAAUUUCGUCAUAUUCUUACUGAUAUUUAUCAACAUUUAAAUAUGUCAUAUAAACAAAACCAUUCAUGGAAUUCUAGUUCAUCAAAUGAAAUAUUUUAUCGUGGUCAAUUAAUCACAAACGAAGAUUUUGAUUAUUUGAAACAAAUACGAGGAUCUAUUAUAUCAAUGAACACAUUUUUAUCAACAACAAAAUCAAUACAAGUUGCUCUGAUGUAUGCAGGAAGAUAUCUCAAUAAUAAAGAUAUGGCAUCAGUUGUAUUCAUUAUUGAAAAAGAUCCAUGGCUUAAUACGCGUCCAUUUGCAAAUAUUUCACAUUAUUCAUUGUUUCCAGAUGAAGAGGAAACAUUAUUUUCGAUGGGGUGCAUCUUUAAAAUAGGAAAUAUACGUCAAUUAACAGGUGAAGAUAAUAUUUGGACUAUUCAUUUAAAAAUGCUCCAGCACGAUCAUUAUUUAAUCAACGAAAUCAAUUGA